AUGAACGGCGACGCCUAUUCGUCUAGAGACUCCGGUCGCUCUAGAGAUUACUACCGCGACGAGCGUCGCGAACGCGGCGGAGACAGAGGCGAACGCCGACGAUCGAGGUCUCCUCACCACAGCUCAAGAGGAUCCAGACGCGAAUAUGAGGCCGAUACAUACUCGUCAAGCCGCGACUACCGUGCCAGAGAAAGGGAGGAUCGCUACUCCAGCCGCAGAGAUGACCGCGAAUGGGACCGAGACCGCGGCGAGCGCCGACGCAGAGAUUACGAUGACAGACCCUCCCGACGCGACAGAGACCGAGACUUGUUUGACGGUGGUAGAUCCCGACGGGAUAGAGGAGAUCGGGGAGACCGGGGAGACCGCGACCGCGAGCGUGACCGCGACUUCGAGCGUGAGCGCGGAGAUAGGAGAGAUCGGAGGAGGACUGCGUCGCCUCCGCCCAGGAAGAGGGAGGUUACACCUGACUUGACGGAUGUCGCUUCGGUCUUGACUCGGAAGCGCCGUCUGACACAAUGGGAUAUCAAGCCUCCGGGUUAUGAGAAUGUUACUGCGGAGCAGGCGAAGAUUUCAGGAAUGUUCCCUCUUCCUGGAGCACCUCGACAGCAGCCGAUGGACCCCAGUCGUCUCCAGGCUUUCAUGAACCAACAACCCGGCGGCGAACAGGCGGAAAACACGACUCUCAAAGCUUCCAACUCUCGGCAGGCCAAGCGGCUAUUUGCGUACAACUUGCCACCCAGUGCCACCGGAGAGAGUUUGCUCGCGUUCUUCAACGUUCAGCUUAACGGUCUUAAUGUCAUCCAAAGUGUGGAUCCUUGUAUCUCUGCCCAAGUUUCUGGAGACCACACAUUCGCUUUGUUGGAGUUCAAGACACCAAACGAUGCCACUGUUGCGCUCGCAUUCGACGGAAUUGUGAUGGAUGAACAUGCACCUGAGGCUGGGGCCAACGGCGCGCCUGCCGGGUUGGAAGUACGACGGCCCAAGGACUACAUUGUCCCUGGUGGUGCGGAACAGGAAUAUCAGGAGGGAGUGUUAUUGAACGAGGUUCCAGACUCGCCUAACAAGAUCUGUGUAUCGAACAUCCCACAUUACAUUCCUGAGGAGCCAGUUACGAUGCUGCUCAAGUCUUUUGGCGAGCUCAAGUCGUUUGUGUUGGUUAAGGACGGUUCGACGGAGGAAUCUAGGGGAAUUGCAUUUUGCGAAUACGCGGAUCCUUCGGCAACCGGUAUCGCCGUGGAGGGACUGAACGGCAUGGAACUUGGUGACAGGCAUCUGAAGGUUGUGCGGGCUAGUAUUGGAAUCACACAGGCUUCUGGCCUUGACAUGGGCGUCAACGCGAUGUCGAUGUUCGCCAAGACUACUUCUCAGGACUUGGAGACCAGUCGUGUUCUACAGUUGUUGAACAUGGUGACUCCGGAGGAACUGAUGGACAAUGAUGAUUAUGAAGAAAUCUGCGACGAUGUGCAAGAAGAGUGCUCGAAAUACGGUCAGAUUCUUGGCUUGAAGAUCCCCCGUCCCUCUGGUGGCAGCAGGCAAUCUGCCGGAGUAGGCAAGAUCUUCGUCAAGUUCGACACGGUGGAAUCGACAACAAAUGCGCUGAAGGCACUUGCCGGAAGAAAGUUCUCGGACCGGACAGUCGUGACAACCUACUUUUCCGAGGAAAACUUCGACGUCGAAGCUUGGUAA